AUGAAUUUUGCACGACGGAUUUAUAUUCGUCGCACAAAGUCGAAUAAGUUUUCUGAAAAUUGCGAUCUUCUCCUUCUUCCCCAGUUUCUCAAACGGAACCCUAAACCUCCCUUUCUCUCCGCCGUGACCUCAGCCCCUACUCCGCCCCAAUUCAGACCCUGCCGCCACCACCGUCGAACCCAGGAGCUUCUCCGCCGUCGCCGUCCAUCCUGCCACCGUGAUUUCCUCCGUUUAGGCCGAAUCUUCGCCGCCGUUGUUUCGGCCGGUUUUGAAAUUGAAAUUCUGGCCACUUCCGUCCGUUUUUUCGGGGGCACCCACGCCACAUCUACUGACUGUACUGGUGCCUCGGGGGCACCUCCAGCCAAGAGGAACACCCGAGGGCCGUGUCGGCAGCUAAAGACGGCGAAGGUCACCCGGGUGACCAACAGUUGUAUCAGCAUCGGAUAUGACGAGCGCCAUCGGGCUGCACCGACGGCGGACUUGCAUAGCUCCUUGGCCCACGACAUUGGCCACGUCGUUUGGACCCAUUCCCCGAUGCAAUGGAAGUCUUGGAAGGUCAUGCCUGACGAGAUCAAGAUGCAAACGAACUACGACUUAGAGGACAUCAACAAGGAGACCUUGGCGUACGUCAACAGACUCUUCGGUGAGAGGUACAAGCAGUGGAAGGGCGACUUGCACCACCAUUUUCAGGCGUUUGAUGAUCCGCAAGUCGCUCUUCAGGAGGGUUGCCCGAAAGAGCUUGAGGGGCGGGAGGAUAGUUUGGCGUGGCUCUGCGCUCAUUUUCAGGCGCCCGAUUAUGUGAAUAAAGCCCAAGUGAAUAAGGGCAAUAGGAAGAAGAAGACUCUUCUUCACCAUUCCGGCUCCAGGCCCUUCUCAUAUAGGAUGGAUGCACGGCGUCGGGGGGGGUCGAAAUUCCCAGAGAUCGACGUCUUUGGUGACGUUUAUGUUCGACCUGGGAAUGAGUUGGCCGAGUCCCUUCAUACGACGAUGGUGGAGAGGAGCCAGUUGGUUCUUCAAGAGUCCGCCUCCCAACUUCCUCCCGAGACUCCGAUCGAGUCUGUGGAUCCUCCGCAUGAUGCUGGAUUUCAGAUUUUGACGCAGACGUUGGAUCAGACUCUCGGGAGGAGGCCGGGAACGUAUUGUAGGGGGAUGGGGAAUGCCCGACAGAGGGAACCUCGACCGCGGUCAUCGUCGCAGGCAAACAGUCAGGUGACUGUUUUGACAUCGCGGGUUGCCGAGCUUGAGGGUCAGAUGUCGGUGAUUCUGCAGUCCCUCACGCGGUCCCGGCAUUCCAAUCCCGAAUUUUGGUGCGUCGACCUCCGAGCCCGUCCACCCCGAGCAUCCCCAGCACACCACGGCCCCUGCAGACGCCCAUACCUCCGAGCCGCAUGUGGCAGAUGA